AUGCCAUCGCGCGAGAUCAUCUGGUUGAGCAUCGAGACGGCCUUCUCAGGCGUCAUGCCAGGAAACAUGACCACGGACUCAGCUACAAGGUCCCGCACAAGUACAGUAGCGCCACCCCCGACCGCCAGUCGUGUGUGUGUGUGUGCGUGUCCCGUAAACUCCGUGCUCUGCAUAAAAAAAACUCGUGUGUGUGUGUGUGUGUGUGUGUGUGUGUGUGUGUGUGUGUGUGUGUGUGUGUGUGUGUGUGUGUGUGUGUGUGUGUGUGUGUGUGUGUGUGUGUGUGUGUGUGUGUUGUGUGUGACCACGAGCAACAGGAAAGAGUGA